CCAGGAUCUUACGCGUCCUAAAACAGAAAUUUUGAAAAAUUCCUGCCGCCCGCUGCUAAUUCCCAACUUAGUUCAUUACACGUUCCACCAUCGGUUUUAUUAAUAAUCCUAUGCGAUUCAAUUGAAGGCACCGUAAAUUGAAGAAAAUUUCAAUCAGUUCUAGUCUUCUAGAGGCAGGGGGCUAGCCUGUCCACCACAUUUCAUAGGACAGCGCAAACCAAAAAAAUACAUUGACGUCAUAUUACUCUCUGCACGUUGGGCACUUAAGCAUGUUUACAGACUAAUAUGAUAUUUUAUGCCAUGCAGUUGAAGCACUUAAGCAAAUAUCAACGAAGUUAAAGAUUCCUUACUGGAAGAAUAUCGACCAUACUUCUUGCAAUAGAAGUGAAGAUAUAAAUGAGACUAUGAGUAACAAUGGCGUGAGUAAUGUUGUGUGCAACUGUUCUUACAACUCAUCUACCAUCUGCCAUAUCACGAAUAUUGAGCUGAAACGUCUCUACUUGAGUGGAGAAUUACCUGAUGAAUUUGCAAAUCUUCCCUACCUGCAAGAAUUGGAUUUAACUGUCAACUAUCUCUAUGGGUCUAUUCCUAAGGCUUGGAAAACUCUUCCACUGGUCAAUCUGUCUCUCUUGGCAAACAACGUUAAGGGAAUGAUUCCAAAUGAAAUUGCUGAGAUUAUUACGUUAGAAUAUUUAUUGUUGACAGAUAAUCAGCUUGAAGGACCCAUUCCUCCAGAGCUUGGCAAGCUGACCAGAUUGAAGGGAUUAGCUCUCUCUGGGAACAAUUUCACAGGAACUUUACCUGCAACCUUUGCUAAUCUGAAGGACAUGAUAGAUUUUAGGAUAGCUGGGACUAAUUUCUCUGGGAAAAUACCUGAUUUCAUUGGGAAUUGGACAAAAUUACUUCGGCUAGAUAUGCGAGGCACAUCAAUGGAGGGGCCAAUCCCUUCCACCAUAUUCCGCUUGAAGAACUUAACAACGCUGAGAAUUUCUGAUUUAAAGGGACCAAACAUGCCCUUCCCUGAUUUGCGGGAUAUGAACAGUAUGCAGCUACUCGAGCUAAGAAAUUGCUUGAUUUAUGGGUCGAUUCCAUCAAACAUUGUAGAGAUCAUGCCUGGACUAAAGAAACUAGACUUGAGCUUCAAUGGACUGACUGGUGACAUUCAAAGCCUCCAAGAAAUACCAUCCCUACAAAACAUGUAUCUCACUAACAACUCAUUGACUGGACAGACACCAGCAUGGAUAACAAAUGCUAAACGGAACUUUGACCUAUCAUACAACAAUUUUACUGGGCCAUCUCAAUCAGGUUGCCAGGAUUCAAACUUGAAUAAAAUCUCGAGUUAUUCAUCAGCAGAAGACCACUCAGUUAGCUGGUGCUUGAAGAAGGAUCUACCCUGCUUCACAAAAUCCCAAUAUUAUUCCUUUUUCAUUAAUUGUGGUGGCUUGGAGAUGACUGUCGGAGGUGAGAAGUAUGAUGCAGAUUUAUCACCGAUGGGACCAUCAUCAUUCUUCUUUUACAAUGACAAUUGGGCUUGUAGUAAUACAGGAGAUUUUGUUGGAUCCACCAGAGCUAACUAUUUUACUCAAGCGAGUACGAACAUGUCAGUGACAGGCUUAUACUCGACAGCUCGUAUUUCUCCUCUCUCACUUAAGUACUACGGCCUUUGCUUACGUCCGGGAAAUUAUAAAGUGAAGCUUCACUUUGCUGAAAUAAUGUUCCCAAUUGACCAAACGGCUGACGGCAUUGGAACACGGGUAUUUGAUGUAUCAAUCCAAGGUAAAAAAGUAUUGAAGGAUUUUAAUAUUGAAGUAGCAGCAAAAGGUGUUGGGAAGAGUGUUAUUAAAGAAUAUGAUGUAGAUGUUACAAAUAGCACUCUUGAGAUUCACUUAUACUGGGCGGGGAAAGGAACUACUCUCAUCCCCUCGGACAUUGCAUAUGGACCUCUUAUUUCAGCUAUCGCAGUCACACCAAACUUCGAUCCUAACAAGGGUCGCGUAUCUGUUGGAAUAAUUGCUGGCGUUAUAGCUGCUUCAUGUUUUCUAAUUUUAUUGAUUCUGGCAAUUCUUUGGAAGAAAGGUUUCAUUGGAAAAAAUAAUCUCGAGGACAAAGAACUUAAGGAGCUAUUGCAGACGAGUUACUUCACUCUGAGAGAAAUUAAAGCAGCAACCAGUAAUUUUGAUUCUGCAAAUAAAAUAGGUGAAGGUGGGUUUGGUCCGGUUUACAAGGGCGUUCGCCCAGAUGGUUCAGUAAUUGCUGUCAAGCAACUCUCUGCCAAGUCAAUGCAAGGAAAUCGCGAAUUUGUAAAUGAAAUUAACAUGAUUUCUGCUAUACAACACCGUAAUCUUGUGAAACUUUUUGGCUGUUGUGUUGAAAGAAACCAGCUUUUGGUAAUUUACGAAUAUAUGGAAAAUAAUAGUCUUGCUCGUGCUCUAUUUGGUUGUGCAGAUCAACGAUUGAACUUAAACUGGCCAACAAGGCAUGGGAUUUGUUUGGACAUAGCCAAAGGUUUAGCUUAUCUUCAUGAAGAAUCAAGGCUCAAAAUUGUGCACAGAGACAUAAAGGCAACUAAUGUUCUUCUUGAUAAAGAUUUUACUGCGAGGAUAUCUGAUUUUGGUUUGGCUAAACUUGACGAGGAGGAGAAAACCCACAUCAGCACACGUAUAGCCGGAACUGUAGGUUACAUGGCCCCAGAAUAUGUAAUGAGGGGUUGCUUGACUUACAAAGCAGACGUUUACAGCUUUGGAGUUGUUGCAUUAGAGAUAGUCAGUGGAAAGAGCAACUCAAGUUACAUACCGAAGGACGAGUUCGUCAGCUGUCUUCUUGACUGGGCUUAUGUACUAAAAGAGGAAGGAAAUCUGCUUGACCUCGUUGAUCCCAGUCUCGAAUCAAACUAUUCAUUGGAAGAAGUUUUGAGUAUGUCAAACAUAGCUCUGUUAUGCACAAACCCAUCUCCUAGUCUCAGACCAUUAAUGUCUACUGUUGUGAGCAUGCUUGAAGGUCGAACUUCAGUCCCCGAAUCACUUGCGAAAAUACCAGUCCAAGAAUCACGUGUUAUAAGUGGUGGUCCAAGGGCUGAUGACACGAGAUCUUGGACAUCUGGCGGAAUCUCGUAUGAGAACCAAACACAGAUGUCAACCUUUUCUCGAGAGAGUGUUUUACUAGAAAGUAAAUCAUCAAUGGAAGAUCCAUGGCAGUUCGAUUCCACAGUGUCUUACCAAAGUAGAGAUGAAGAAGAAUAUGCAGAGCAUACGGCUUGCUCUGCACUUUCUAUAUUGCAUUGGUGGAUUCGCAUCUGGCUUCUCUGUAGAUUUUGUAACAAAAAGAGGCAACAGAGUGGAGUAGUUGUUAUUGAAAGCAGAUACAUGGAUAUGAAGCUAAUAUCUCAUGUCAUCUCAAACAAGCAUUUCUCAUUUCUAAUUCUUCUGUCGUUUAUUGUGUUGAACUGCUUGGAAGAAUUCAUCUCGGAUGCUUAUAUUCUACCAGAAGAUGAAGCAUGCAGUCAGUUGAAACAACUACACUUAACUGGAGAAUUACCCGACGAAUUUGCAAAUCUUCCUUAUCUGCAAGAAAUAGAUUUAAAUGUCAACUAUCUCAGUGGGUCUAUUCCUAAAGCUUGGAAAACUCUUCCACUGGUCAAUCUGGCUAUGCUGGCAAAUAACAUUGGGGGAUCAAUUCCAAAAGAAAUUGCUGAAAUUGUUACUUUACAACAUUUGGUGUUGCAAGAUAAUCAGUUUGAAGGUCCCCUUCCUCCAGAGCUUGGCAAGCUUACCAGAUUGACACAAUUAGCUCUUUCUGGGAACAAUUUCACUGGAGUUUUACCUGAAACAUUUGCUAAUCUGAAGAACAUGGCAGAUUUCAGGAUAGCUGGGACUAGUAUCUCUGGGAAAAUACCCGAUUUCUUUGGGAAUUGGACGCAACUUAUUGACCUGGAUAUACGGGGUACAUCAAUGGAGGGGCCUAUCCCUUCCACCAUAUUCCACCUGAAGAAUUUAACAAAACUGAGGGUGUCAGACUUAAAGGGACAAAACACGCCCUUCCCAGAUUUCCAGGAUAUGAAUAGAAUGUCCGAACUGGAACUGAGAAAUUGCCUGAUUAAAGGUUUAAUCCCAUCAAACAUUGGAGAGAUGAUGCCUGGACUAACGAGACUAGACCUGAGCUUCAAUAUACUUACAGGGGACAUUCAUAGCCUACAAGAAAUUCCAAAUCUAAAACACCUGUAUCUCACCAACAACCAACUGACUGGACAAAUCCCGCUAUGGAUAACAAACACUAAGCAGAACUUUGACCUGUCAUACAACAAUUUUACUGGACCAUCUCAGUCUGGUUGUCAGGAUUCAAAUUUGAACAAAAUAUCGAGUUAUACAUCUGAUGAGGACCGGUCAAUUGCUUGGUGCUUGAAAAAGGAUCUACCCUGCGGCACAAAAUCCAAAUAUUAUUCCUUUUUCAUUAAUUGUGGUGGCUCGGAGAUGGCUAUUGGAGACAACAAGUAUGACGCCGAUGUAUCACCAAUGGGCCCGUCGUCAUUUUACUCCUACAAUGAUAAAUGGGCUUGCAGUACUACGGGGGAUUUUAUCGUACCCUUACUUAAAGGCAAACCUAACUAUCUUACUCAAGCGAGUCCAAACAUAACAGUUACAGGCUUAUACAUGACGGCUCGUAUUUCACCACUCUCACUCAAGUACUAUGGCAUCUGUUUACAUCCAGGAAAUUAUAAAGUGAAGCUUCACUUUGCUGAAAUAAUGUUCCCUAUUGGCAAAACAGCUGCCGGCAUUGGGACACGCUUAUUCGAUGUAUCAAUUCAAGGUAAAAGAUAUUUGAAGGAUUUUAAUAUUGAAGAAGAAGCAAAAGGUGUUGGGAAGAGCAUCAUUAAAGAGUAUGAUGUUGAUGUUACUAAUAGCACUCUAGAGAUUCACUUAUACUGGGCGGGGAAAGGAACUAAUUUCAUUCCGUCUGACUUUGCUUACGGACCUCUUAUUUCAGCUAUAGCAGUCACACCAAACUUUAUCGGUCAAAUUAAAGCCGACUCUGAACCUAACAGGGGUCACAUAUCAGUUGGAGUACUUGUCGGCACUGUAGCUGCUUCAUGUGUUCUAAUCUUAUUGAUUCUGGCAAUUCUUUGGAAGAAAGGUUGCCUUGGGAAAAAGAACAAAGAACUUAGAGAGCUAUCACAGAGAGGUGGCUUUACUUUACGAGAAAUUGAAACCGCAACCUGGAAUUUUGCAUAUAAAAUUGGUGAAGGUGGGUUUGGUCCGGUUUACAAGGGCCAACUGCCAGAUGGAUCACAAAUUGCUGUCAAGCAACUCUCUGCCAUGUCAAAUCAAGGCAGCCGCGAAUUCGUGAAUGAAAUUGGCAUUAUUUCUGGUUUACAGCACCCUAAUCUCGUGAAGCUUUUCGGUUGUUGUGUUGAAGAAAACCAGCUUCUGGUAAUUUAUGAAUAUAUGGAAAACAAUAGUCUUGCCCGUGCUCUAUAUGGUAAAGCAGGGGAACGACUGAACUUGAACUGGCCUACAAGGCUUAGGAUUUGUUCGGACAUUGCCGAAGGUUUAGCUUAUCUUCAUGAAGAAUCAAGGCUGAAAAUUGUGCACAGAGACAUAAAGGCAACUAAUGUUCUCCUGGAUAAGUAUUUUACUGCAAGGAUAUCUGAUUUUGGUUUAGCUAAACUUGAUGUGGAGGAGAACACCCACAUCAGCACACGUGUAGCAGGAACACUAGGUUACAUGGCUCCAGAAUAUGCAAUCAGUGGUCACUUGACUUACAAGGCAGACAUUUACAGCUUCGGAGUUGUUGUGUUAGAGAUUGUCAGUGGAAAGAAGAACACAAAAUACAGGCCAAAUGAUGAGUGCACCUGUCUUCUUGACUGGGCAAAUGUACUAAAAGAGCAAGGACGUCUCCUGGAUCUGAUUGACCCCAUUCUGGAGUCCAACUAUUCAAAGAGCGAAGUUUUGAGAGUGCUAAAUAUAGGUAUCUUAUGCACUAACCCAUCUGCUGUUCUUAGACCAAAGAUGUCUACCGUUGUGGCCAUGCUCGAUGGUCGACUGCCGGUCCGAGAAUCAUGUGUGGUGCGUGGUCCGAGGACAGACAAUUCGAGGUCCAGUGCCUCUGAAGGAACCUCUUAUGAUAGCCGAACACAUACAUCAACCUCUUCUCGAGGGAGUACUCUACUAGAGAUGAGUAAUUCAUCAGUGGAGGAUCCAAGGCAGGUUACACUUUCGACUUACUACAGUAUGAAAAAAGAAGAGGAAGAAGAAAUUAGAGAACACUCAAGCGGCUAAAGAUCUCGUUUAAAUAUUUAUUCAUUUAAACAGGUAUAAGGGGGGAGAUUAUCCCCAUAAAACAACAAUCAUAGGCUUGUAUUGUGAAGAUUUUUAGGAAAUGUCCCCAUUUAUUUUUAGAAAAUAUUAAUAACGUGUUUCAUUUUUUCCUCUUUGGAAUCAAACACCAAAAUACUGAUUACCAUCUAUCAUAA